UCCAUUCCAUCGACCGCUUCGUCAAAAUGCGAUAUUCUCCAACUUUGCCUUUUGCUUUCUGCAUAGCCACUCAAUUUUUGCCUUUGACCUUGGCCUCGUCCUCACAUCCAUCGCAAUUGUUCCUCGGUAAUCAUAGUGCCCAAAUCACCGACAAAACUCCACUCCAUCCUUCUUUCGACUCGUUUGUCGACCGUCUCAUGCAAGAAUGGCACAUCCCUGGUCUUGCUAUUGCCGUAAUUCACGAGAACAAGACAUGGUCCAAGGGCUAUGGCUACGCAACUCUGCCUGACGUGCCGUUCACACCGCAUACACUAUUCCAGGCCGCUAGCACUACCAAAUCCUUUACGGCUUCUCUCGCGGCUAUACUGAUUCAAGAUCACGAUGACUUGGAAUGGGACACUCCGCUCCACGACAUUGUUGGCAACGACUUUGUUCUUAAGGACGACUAUCUGACGACUCACGUCACUUUCCUCGAUGCCAUGUCCCAUAGGACAGGGAUACCUAGACAUGAUGCCCUGUGGUAUGACCAAGGUCUGGACGUCAAGGCCCAGACAUAUCUAAUGCGUCAUGUCGACACGAGCGCAAGCUUCAGGACGGUCUACCAGUACUGCAACCUGUUCUUCACUGCAGUUUCGCAUGUCCUUCAGUCUGUAACCGGAAGGCCGCACGCAGAUCUGCUGCGUGAGUGGAUCUUUGAGCCACUCGGAAUGAACGAAUCAUACUACUCUCGAGAAGACGCAGCCACUUGUCAAACAUCGAAUCCUAACUGCGUACUAGCCGAUAGCUAUCAGUGGAACAAGGAAACAGCCUCUUAUCAGAAAUGGGCGUUGAACCAAUCCAAUCCCUCGAACGGAGCUGGGGGUGUUAUUUCUAACGUCAAUGACUAUAGCAAGUGGGUUCACACCCUCAUGUACGAGGCUGCUCCGGUAUCCAAAGAUGGUCAUACCGCACUGAAAACCCCCUUGUCUGUGCAAGCCUUCGGGGAACCGCCUUAUACAGGGCCUACCUGGUAUGCACUGGGACUUGAAGGAGGAAUCUAUCGCAACGAGAGAGUCUUUUCGCACACGGGUGGGAUUUCCGGGUACGCAUCAAGCUUCGCAUUUUUGCCCGAUCGUGAAUUCGGUCUUGUGGUUUUUCAAAACUCAAUGAGUACUGCUUUUGCGGCCAUGCAAACACGAUUAAUCGAUGAGUUCCUGGGUGGCCCGGAGAAUAAGUUUUACGACAUGAACAAGACGCUGUAUCCCAAAGUACCAUCUAGAACGGUACAGCCACAGCUUCCCUUGCGAGACUAUACCGGAACCUAUACAAACGCCGCUUAUGGAAACCUCAGCAUUAGUCUCAAGGCACCUUCAGAUUUGUUGGAGACGUCAAGGGGCGGAGAAAUGGACUCAUCAGGUUCGCUGCUCUAUGCGAAAUCCAAAGGUGGGAACGUGUUGUUCAGCUUUCGGCACAUAUCUGCAGAGCAUUGGCUUUUGGAGCUGCGAACUGUGAUCUACGAUGCGAAGGUGGCAGACGACUACAAGAGGGCUAAGUUCGAGAUUGGAGCAGACGGGGUCGUACACAGACUCGGAGUGGUCAUGGAAGCAGCGGUUCCUGGGGAAAAAGGAUGGGCGUGGUUCGACAGAGUUGAUGGUUGU